AUGUUUAAUAAAGCCGUGUUGUGCCUGACGACCUUACACUUUUAUAGUGUAGCGGCCCAAGGAGAGUGUACGGAUUUACGAGGCAGAAUUAUUUCUAGUGGAUUACACUAUGUGCCCGGCCCAGAUACUUGCACGUUAUGCAUCUGUGACAAUGGCGUUCCUAAAGUGUGCAAGGCGGUAUUAUGCUCUCCCCCUCAGGACUGCCGAUCAUUCCGCGUGGGUAACACGUGUUGUGAGUUUAUCUGUCUUGAUGAUGUCGUGAAGCCGGCAGAAGGCGCUGAAGCCAAUGUCCGUGUCGCGGCCGGUGGGGCGGCGGCCGUAGUGCUGUUGACUGUAGCUCUUGUUGUAUAUAGAGUUAGAAAGCAGAAACGACGUAGACCGCCUCACACGGAAGAUCAACGGAGUUUGACAAGCAUUGGAUAUAUAAGUGGAAGUAUGGGGUACAUGGGAGGGAGUUGCGAGACUGCUCCUAUGGGGGCAUGGAAACCACCGUCUAACUACCUCCCGAGGGGCGAAGCUCCCCCGCCUUAUGAAGAAGCAAUGGCGCAAUGUCGAUCUGAACCUAUGCGAGUAACAAACGAGACGUCGUUCCACCGCUCGUACCCGGCGGCGGACGCGCGCGACGAGCUGUGCGCGUCGCACGCGUACGUCAACAUCCCGCGCCCUAUUGCACAGAUCGCGAACACGCAGAACUGCUACAACGCGCCGCUGCUGCAGCCCGUGCACGCGCCCGACGCCGCGAUCAUCCCCCACCCUUUGGCUCAGAACAUGGGCGGCGGCGCGCGGCUCACGGGCUCGCUGGGCGCCAUCAGCGCGCGCCUCAGCGUGCCGCGCGACGACCACGAGCGCCCGCACAACGUGCCCGGCUUCUACGCCACGCACACCGCGCUCCACCGCACCAUCCCGCGCAUCUCCACGGCGGUGGACACGUCCACGCUCGAGGCGAUGGGGUUCACGCGCGCCGACCGCUCCCUGCAGGGCGAGGUGCGGCGCUCCUUCCACCGCCCCGACGCCGCGCGCGCCGACCGCGACCGCGACCGCGUGCUCAGCGGCCGCAGCGUGCCGCGCAACCUCAACAUCGCCUCCGCCGCCGACGCGCUGUCCCCCCACCCCCAGCACCCCCCGCACCCCCAGCACCCCCAGCACCCCCCGCCUGUAGCGCAUCCACCGCAUUCCGCGCCCGCUGCUCCGCCCCCCCGCGCGCCCGAUCCCGUCGACGACAAGAGCCAGGGCGCGGCGCGGGCGGGGCGGCCGCGCGCGCUCAGCGACGACCCCGACAAGCCCAAGCAGCCCGAAGCGCCCACGCUGCCUCUCACCGUCGAUAAGCCGUCGUGCGUGUGCAGCUACGAGGGCGCGCGCGACGCCGAGGCGGACGACUACCGCAGCGAGUGUGAGAACUGCAAUUCAGCCUCAAAUAACUCUGGGUGGGAGGAGGGCGGCGGCGGCUGGGGCGGCACGCAGACGCUGCAGCGCCGCGCGCCGCCGCCGCCCGCGCCGCCGCCCGCCACCGCCACGCUGCCGCAGCCCGUCACCAGGCACGGUCGAAACGCAAUGGGGAAUCCAUCGAACUGGGAGAACUGGUUUAAUACGAUACCCGAUUCCGACACAGAGUCCGAAGAGGAA